CAGUCUUCUGGCAAAUCCAGGGCAUCAUCGACGGGCACACUAAUUUUCAGUUGUGAUGUGGGAAGCAAAACAUUAUUAUUUUUGUCGUUUUUAUUUUUUGAUUAUAUAGACAAAGUUCCCGAUCGGUGGAGAACAUGUGAAAGAGGGAAAGUAACGCAACUUUCCUAUCAGACUGUAAGUGCACAGGUAUUCGCAGCGGAAAACCAAAAACAAGCGAAAAGAAAGGCAGCGAAAAGCGAAUAGAGACACAAAAAAUAGCGUAGUUUUCAUUGAGGAGAGUCAGUCAGUGCGUUAGUCGUGGGCGUGUGGUGGUGUGUGCGUGCGUCUAAUAACUAAUUGCGAUUUUAUCCAAAAUAUUGUUGAAAUCAAAACCAUAAAAGGCCAACUAUGCAACAGCAGAAUCAGCAACAACUGCCCCAGGGCAGGCCCGUUGGGUGGAACGUCCUGCCCAAUUACACGCUCAGCGGAAUGAGUUCCUUUGACGCCGAGUCGCUGCCCGAUUAUUCAGAAUUCGAUUCCGAAUCGGUGACUCUGGACUAUUACAAGGAAAGUGUACUACGUCCACCAGCUGAGAAAAUGGCACCGACGACAACGAUCGAAACCAUCACAAUCACCCGGCCACUAAAGGUGAUUGCAUUUAUCUGCGGCGUCAUCGUGGUGGUGCUCAUGAUCAUGGCCCUGGCGUCCACAGACUGGCUGAUGGCCGCCGACUGGCGGCAAGGCCUCUUUGUGCACUGCAUCGAGGAUGAUUCGGUGCCGCCGUUGCCGUUCAACAUCCAGGAUCCUCCAGGCUGCUACUGGACUCGCGAUAUAGGAUAUAUCAAGGCCACAGCAGCACUCUGCAUCAUCACCCUGGUAACGGAUGUAAUUGCCACAGUACUGACCGGUCUGGGCCUCAAAACGCAGAACCACAAUCUCAAGUAUAAGUUUUAUCGCAUAGCGGUACUGGUUAUGCUCGUGUCCUUGCUGGCCGUGCUUUCUGCUCUGAUCGUAUAUCCAGUAUGCUUCGCCGGGGAGCUCUCAUUGGGCAAUCGAAGAGUGUGGGAAUUCGGUUGGGCCUAUGGCGUGGGCUGGGGAGCAGCCAUCUUCCUGUUCGGGGCCGUUGUCCUGCUACUCUGCGAUAAGGAGUCCGAGGAGAUCUACUACAAGGAGAGGAAGAUCGUACAUGAAAACCAAAUGCGCGCCUAGGCAAGGCCGCACGACCUGCCUGACGUCGUUCUCUAGACCUAAGUAUAUAGCAGCCAACCAACAGCAACACACACAACAGACGGACACAUAGAUUUCGAUUCAAAUCAGACUCAAGAGAAGAAGCAAUUUGCAGCUAAACGAAUGUGUUAUAAUUAUGAUUGUGUAUAUCAUGACCAUUUAAACCAAAAAAACCAAAUCCGUAGCCAUCAGCCACCCCUCCCACCUUCUCAUAGUACUCGGCAUUUGUUUAGAUGAGGUUUCCCUUCCUCCCCCCCAAUAAGUUUGUAUUUUGUAUCGUUUUUAAAAAGGUAAAAUCGUAAGCAACCCAGAUCAAAAACACACGACCCCCAUCUGUAGUCAGCCGGUCAGGCGUCAGUCGUCAGUCGUCAGUCAGUCAGUCACAUAUACGUCUAGAAAUUCUGAAAGCUAAUCGCAUUAACCACCACAUAUAUACAAUUGCAUGUCCAAUGAGUUCAACCCAACAUUGUAGCGGAUGUUUGGAGCUUUCUUUUUGAAUAGAAAAUACUGAGGCACGCAGAAGGCCAAGUUGAAUUAGAACUCUUACAAUAUUGUACUCACACUCAGCUACAUAUACAUAGCAAUGUACUCAUCAUGUAAUCUCCCACUAAUCGAAUCGUGAACCGAAUCCAAAUUAGAACUUUAUGUGUAUCUAAUCGAAGGACUAAGUAGCCAAGGCCACUGUAUCAUUUGUACUUUGGAAGAAGUUUAAAUAUUGUGUGUGUCCCAGUGUACUAAACGUGCGACUAAACACCCAAAUGUUCUCUCGAAUAUGUGUUGCUCUUAUUGCACUUUUACCUUUUGUACAAUAAUUUAAUCAAUCAGCUGUCCAGUACUAUACUCGUACUUGAGUGUUCAGUCCCCGAGCCGUUCAGUUUAUUGUUUAAGCCAACUCCUAAGUGUAUGCAUUCGUUUUAUGUAAUUUGUAACGUUUAUAACCACCUAUGAUUUAAUUAUUUAUUUAUUGUCUUUUUAUUCUUAACACACUCUUGAACAUAUCACAUGCUAAUUACAAAAAUAAAACCGUUUUUUGACACCUUUUGUUAACAUUUA